UCAGAUGGAAAUCCAGUUCAUGUUCUUUUAAAUUUUCAUCUGAACUCAUCCCCUAGAGUGAGCUCUUUAGUGCUCUCCAAUGGAUCCAGUCCUGAUGCAUAAGUUUCGAGCCAACAGGAAAUCAAACAACUCUGAGAAACAAGAGUUUCGGGACAAGUUUUUCACAUAUACAUUCAUAGCGUUUGGUUGCUGUUCUUCGUUUUCCGGGGAUACAAAUAUGUACUAUGAUGAAUAUGUCGAUGAAAGCCGUCGACGCCUCCGAAAUUCUUUGACCCGGGAACUCAAGGAAGAGAAGAAAAUGAAACCUGUUGAAGAAAAGGUGAAGAAGCGUUGCCUGGGAGAAGAACAUGAGCUUGUUUUGCCUAGCAAGGAAUUGAAGAAAAGAGCCGAUGAUUUCAUUGCCAGGGUCAAUAGGCAAAGGAUGUCUGAAGAUAGAUUACUGCUUUAACUCGCGAUAACAUAUGUGCUUUUGGUGUCGUAACAGUCGGAGAACACCAUAAGGUGAUGUUGUGAUCGUUAUUUAAACCGUAUAAUCCUAAACCCUAAAUCGUCAACCGUUAAGAGUUACAUUGGCUAUCCUGUUUAGUGAUGAAGAAGGUUUUAAGAACCUUUCAAGGUAGAUUUUCCUUUUCUGUAACCUAGUGGAUUGCUGAUGUUUCUCUCUCUCGAUUUCUUUCAUGAUACACAGCUUUGUUACCAGUAUGAGUUUUUCUUUUACUUGAACUUGAUUUGGUCUCUGAUUAUAUGUAA